GAUUUCCCGUGUGUUUGUAGGUUAGAAAAACAACAAGCCACGAAACUCGAGGACUUAGGAUUAUGGUUCUAAUUUACCUAUAAUAAGGCCUAGAAUUUUUGCAUUGAAAGUCAACAAGGAAUGAAAUAAAGAGUCCUUCAACAGUGGAGUUAGAUAAAUUUCUGCAGAAUGUCAAUGUAUAGAGUGAGGGUGUGUUCUUAUUGUCCUUCGGAAACCAUUUUCUACUGCACCAGCUGUGGCAAGGAUCUGUGUCGUCCGUGUAAGGGGAAACAUAUGAUAGACCUAGACUGUUACAACCAUGACGUGGUUCUAUAUCGUGAGAGGUACGGCUACUUCAUCUACCCCGAAUACUGUGAGAUACACAAGGACAAGAUCUACAACAGGUGGUGCGAUGAUUGUAACUUUCCUUUUUGUGAUGUGUGUUAUGUAGAGAAAGGAGGCGAACAUAGUGGUCAUGACGUUCAGGAUCUGGACACGGUGUAUAAAAAAUAUCGAGAGGAAUACAGGAAGAUUAUAGCUGAAAUCAGAUGCGAGGUCCUGCCAAACAACCGUGCCAUUCUGGCCGGAAUAGAGCCAGACAUAGCAGCGUGUGAGACUGAAAUCGCAAACCUGGAGGAAAAAAUGAAAGAGAAAGCAGAGAGGUUGAAGAAAAUGAUUGAUGAAGUUUUAGCCAAGGAUUGCCCCAAGAAGUUACAGCAGCUGGAGAAAGAGUUGAUUGAUAGAUUAAACCGUCAGUGUGAGGAUAUGGAGAAACAUAUUGCCUACCUCCGAGAUUUAGUCUACAAGUACGAACACUCCGCUAACAAACCUGCCGAGUUCCUAUGUUUUCUCAGAGACAAUCCCCUCACGGACAUAAAGGACAUUCCAGACAGCUGUACAGAACUUCCCAUCCUGAAAUAUAAUGAAGAGGUCACCAAAGAGGAUGUUAUUAAAUUACUGGGGGAAAUUAAAAUUACGGAAGUCGGAAUCAGGCAGGCCCAGAACGAGCACAUGCUAAAGAUGAUACCAGAGGUCAUUUUACUGCGAUCAUUCAUGAUCGAGGGUGUUAAGUCAACACGCCACAUUUCAGGUGUGACGUCCAGGAAAAUCUGGGUCAGUGAUAGAAAUAACCUCAUCUUGGCUGACGAGUCAGGGAAAACACUGCAUCAAGUGAAAGAUAAGAUUGAUCGAGAAUCGGGAGCACAUACUGCCAGGGAGGAAGAAGAAGAGCUGAUCUACAUCGAUAAAAAAUUAAACGUAAAGAAACUGUCCAAAGACAACAAAACAGAAAACAUCGUUGUCAAGAGGGAGGAUAAUUGGGAGCCACUGAGUGUCUUCUGUACGCUGGAGAAAGGGGAUAUCUUGGUGGCCAUGAUGAUCCACUCUCUAGCCCAGGCCAAAGUGGUGUGUUAUGACAAAGAUGGGAAGGAGGAACAGACGAUCCAAUAUGAUGACAAGAGUGAUGCCUUGUAUAACAUCCCACGAUUUAUCACAGAGAACCACAAUGGAGAUGUGGUGGUGUCCAACCACAUGGAAGCCAGCGGUACCGUGGUAGUCACAGACAGCAGCGGAAAACACCGCUUCUCCUUCACGGGUCCGCCCAAAGAAUCCGGAUUCAGACCGGGGGGGAUAUGUGUAGAUGGAUUGGGGAACAUCCUGGUGUGCGAUGAACAUACGAACUCCGUUCAGCUGAUAGACAAAAAUGGCCAAUUCCAGCGGUAUCUGCUGACGGAAAACGAUGGGAUUGUAAAACCUCGUAGUCUGGGUUACUGCAACAAAGACCACGUGGUUCUGGUGGGCUCAGCCUCCAGUGGUAAAAUUACAGUCCACCGACACCUCAACAGGCAGGAUUAUCUGGCAGUUCCUUUACUAUCAGAAGAAGAACUUGAAAGGAAGAAGAAGAAAAAGAAGAAGAAGAAGCCUGAGACAGAUACUGCAGAAUGAGAAGUGUUCAGCAGAAUGAAUGAAUGGUGUUCAGGGGUCGAGGAAGUUCCAGCUUAGGAUAUUUCUGCAUAAUGUUGUUCUGAAGAUUUAGUGCAAGAAUGUUUCUGGGUGGGAGUACAUACAUUUCAAGUCAUGUAAAGCCAAGAUACAAGACAUUGAUAUACAUGUACAUAUCAUAUACAUAAUAUAUACGUUGUAGGAAAACUCAAGGAAUUGAUACUACAAAAACACUAGUUUAAUCUGUAGAUGCAUGUGUUGAGUGUGAAGUACUAGUACUUUACUUUUAUAUGAAAUAUAUUUUAUUACAAGACUUUCAAUUAAUAAAUGCAAUUUGUACAGACCAUAUGUACAUACUUGAAUGUCAUCUGAAUUUUUUUUGUCUAUUGAAUGGCAGGAUUCCAAAUUAGAUUUUUUUAUAUGGCAAGUAUUCAUUGUUCUGUAUUGGAUUAGUGGAAAUUGAGUUCUAUUGUCAUGAUUUGUAGUCUGAUUUCUUUAAUAUACAACUUAGUGGGAACUUAUAUCAAAAUGUUUCCAGUCCAUAGACUAAAAGGAUAUACUAUAGUCCAUGAAUAAUUAAUGAUGAUGUUUGUAUUGAUUUUGAUUCUUCAGGUUUGUAUGAUUGAUUGAUUGUUUAGGUUUUAUGCCAAAUUAGUUAUAUUUCAGCCAUGAUUCAGCAGACAGAUGAAUAUUGUCUGCAAGACGUUUUUUUUUAAUAAAUAUUAUUACAACCAUAUUGUUAGUGAUUGUGUCCAUAUGUUGGGUCAAAAUGUACAGUCAAACAUUGUUAUCUCUAAAUCUGAGAUAUCCAAAUGUUCAUGAUACCGUAUGAGUGGAAAUUUUAGCAUGAGACAAAUUUAGCAAUUUGUCCUUAAAAAUGGGUACUUUAAUCUUAGCAAGAUGUAAUUUUAACAAUUUUAAAAUGCUCACUAUAGAAGCUAUUACAAA